GUAUCGAAGACCAACUAGUAUUAAAUCUUUGGCUCCUCGUGCUUUGCUAUCAAAGCUACGACGUCCCUCUCGCUCUCUCUUUCCUGGUUUCUUUCUUUCCCUCGCUGAUCGCUACUCGCUACUGGAUCGGUCGGGACGCUGGGGUAACUGAUGAGGUUUAGGUUUAGGUGAGGAGGGGAUAUUAUUAUUAUGCCGUUCCACAACCACCUGGUGCACGAGAUGGCGCUGCCGCCGUACGCGGAGCAGCAGCUGGGGGAGAGCGCGGCGGUGCUCAGAACCAUGGCGGCGGGCUCCGACGAGGCGGUCGGGAAGGUGUCCGGCGGCGGAGGGGGAGGACCUUCGUGGCUCAGCAGCGCCGUCCUCCGGCAGCAGGGCCAUCCGUACGGCGCCGACAGGAGCUUCCUCCACCUCCAGACCGCCUCCGACUCGUCCGCCUCCCCGUCGGCCGUCUCUCAGUGGCUCCCAAGGCCGCAGAUGCGCGGCCCCGACGAGGAAAACCCCGUGUCCGGCGAGUCCAUGAUUGCGGCUGCGAUGUCGCAUGGUGGUAGAGGAGGAGGGUCGAGUGGCCAGGGCGGCGGAGCGGCGGAGGUGACGGCGGUGGGGGAGGGAACGUGGCAGAACGCGAGGUACAAGGCGGAGAUACUGGCGCAUCCACUGUACGAGCAGCUGCUAGCGGCGCACGUGGCGUGCCUGAGGAUCGCCACCCCGGUGGACCAGCUGCCCCGGAUCGACGCGCAGCUGGCCCAGUCCCAGCACGUCGUCGCCAAGUACUCCGUGCUCGGCGCUGCCGUCAACCCCGACGACAAGGAGCUGAACCAGUUCAUGACACACUAUGUCUUGUUGCUCUGUUCCUUCAAAGAGCAACUACAACAGCAUGUUCGUGUUCAUGCGAUGGAAGCAGUGAUGGCCUGCUGGGAGCUUGAGCAAUCUCUACAGAGCCUGACAGGUGUCUCUCCUGGUGAAGGUACAGGCGCUACCAUGUCUGAUGAUGAUGAUGAUGACCAAGCAGACAGUGACACCAACUUGUUCGAUGAAAGUUUCGAUGGGCCUGAUAGCAUGGGGUUUGGUCCUCUUCUUCCUACCGAGAGUGAACGGUCAUUGAUGGAGCGCGUCAGGCAAGAGCUGAAGAAUGAGUUGAAGCAGGGUUACAAAAAUAAGAUUGUAGACAUUCGAGAAGAGAUCCUGCGUAAGCGAAGAGCUGGAAAACUCCCUGGAGGUACCACUUCUCUUUUAAAGUCUUGGUGGCAGUCUCACUCUAAGUGGCCCUACCCAACAGAAGAUGACAAGGCGCGACUGGUGCAGGAGACAGGUCUGCAGCUAAAGCAGAUCAAUAACUGGUUCAUCAACCAAAGGAAGAGGAACUGGCACAGCAAUCCCGCAUCCACCACUGCACUGAAGAGUAAACGCAAAAGUAAUGCAGGUGACAACAAUGCCGAACACUUCAUGUAAGAUGAUGAUGGUAGAUGUUAACAGCCUCAAAACUGUUGGCAGCAGAGUAUAUGUAAAAACAACAGAUCUCAAAGAUGGGCUGAACGAGAUUGUCACAUAUAAACUACUCCAUGGUUUCUAAGGAAAGCUGGUGCCAUAUUGGGAGAAACCAUCGUAGUUCUACAAGCACUUGGUAUCCUUAUAUACAUCAGCUUUACAGGUAUCUAGCCAUGCCAUUGCAUGAACUGGUAACGUCGGUAGCGCCUAAAAGGUCAGAGUAUAGCAAUUACAAUGCCAGAAAAAUGUGUGGAACUUAUUUCCUCCAUUGAUAGAUUCAGUUCUUGUUUGCCACGCUACAUUUCUCUGAAUAAGGAGGUGUUCAUGUGCAGUAUAAUUAUUUUUCAGUGCUUCUUCGUGCGGUGAACCAUAGUGAGUUUAUUGUGCUUUUGCUUGUCAAUGAACUAUUGGUUGAAGAAAGUAAGAUAUGGAUGCUAUGUUUCUGGAUUUUAAAUUCACACCGAGUUCUCUUGUU